UUUUUUAGAUAUGAGCAAAGCGGUCAUUCCGGAAAUUAUGAUGCCUACAACAGAUUUGAUGGAACGGAUUUAGGAAAAAAUAAUGAGUCGUCAAAAAGUAGCCAAAAUGAUAGUGCAGGAACUGACGAUGAAGUUGCUCAGUUGUAUUAUAACCAACAAAAUCGUGUUGCAAAUAUUUUCCAUAAAUAUCCUCCUCCAGCUGAAUAUUAUCAUCUCUCAGCCAUCGAAAAAGCAGCAUACAUAUUCUAUUGUGCUUUAUAUCUUCGUCAUUACCAGCCGGUUGAUUUGUUCCAUAAAAAAUUCAAUCGAGAAUAUUAUAAGUAUAUUUGCGAAGGCGAUUCACCGGAAAUCGCUUUAUGGAAAAUUUGCAAGCACACUCAAGAUGAAUUUAAUGCGAGACGUUCGUUAGAAAAAUUAAAAGCCUAUGAGAUGGCACAGAAACAACUUUUUAGCGAUGAUCGUGAGACUCUUGAUAAUGACAGUGAUCGACUUAGUUUUUUAAUUUUAGAACCAUUGAAAUUUCGUGUACCACAUGCUUUCUUAAAUUUUUGCGUAGAUGGUAGAGUACUUCUACUCGAUCCGACACUAUCGAUCAGUAUUGUUGAAAUAAGAGAUGUGAAAGAUUUGGUAAAUCAUUCGCAUUUCAAUGGGCCUUUGAUUCCUGGUUAUACGCCAGCACAUUCCAUACGGCUAUAUAUUCAGCGUCAGAUUGAAAUUAUUCGCCAAUCAGAUUUGUUUCUUGCGGAUUCGAAUAGAAAAAAUGUGGAUGAUUGCCUUUUAAUUUGGCAAUUAUUGGAAAUGGUUGUUCAACAGCAAGGCCGUAUUACUGGGCCUGAUCUUUCUCGAUUAUUGAUGAGUGGUCAUCAAAUACCGCAAUUUUUAUUUGAAAAUAAAACCUUUGAUUUUGGUCAAUCCGCGGAAUUACGAGAUCCGAAAGCAUAUGAACUUUUCACUCAAUUUCUUUUGGGUGGUCAUGUGGAUGAAGCAAUUGAUUGUGCCAUGAAAAAUGGAUUAUAUUCUGACGCUUUGAUUUUAGCUCGUCGUAUUUAUGCGCAUGAUAUUCAAAAGCUACAAAAAAUAGAAGCUACAUACCUUUCGCUAAGGUCCGAAUGUAAUCCCGUGGUCACAUUAAUGAAUGUUGCGAAUGGUUUUCCUGCUCCUAUCUUGAUCAACGAUUCAAAAGGGUGGCGAGCUCAUGCUGCAAUUGUUCUCGCUAAUUUGUGCACGCCAAUGGCUUUCGAAACUGUAUAUCAACUAGGUCAAGUACUUGCUCGUCAUGAAUAUUAUUAUGCGGCUGAUUUUUGUUUCUUAGCUGUCUACCUUUUAGCCAACUAUGAUCCUUUUCACCCAGUUCAAAAUAAUGAUGGCUCAAAAACGAAGAAACAUAUAAAUCUGAUCCAUGCUACUUUGCCAGACGAAAUAUUGUUUUAUAAAAAGAAAAACUUCAGAUUUUCACAAUUGGAUUUGCAUGCAACAGAGAUAUUGGAAUAUGCACUAAAACUUGCAAAUGGUGGCCUUCCUGUGGCUUUGACGAGAUCCACAGCAUAUCAGUCUUGUAGGUUGGAGUACGCUGAAAAGAUAUCUGAAUUUGGUGGAUUUUCUAAUGAUGCUUUUCGUUAUUGUAUUGAUAUUGCUCGAGCCAUUUGGGAUCGGUGUGGUGAAUUUACUUUGGGACAGCUGAAUCGUCUUUGUGAUCUCGCUGAUCGUCUUCAUUAUGUUGCUUCGGCUACAGAAUCAGAAAUAGCUUGGAUUCCUCCCAUGCGUGACUUUAUUAAACAAUGCGUAAAUGUUUGUAAUACCCAGCAUCAGAAUGAUAACACCAAACCCGACGUGAAACCACACGAGGUUUUUUUUGAAUACUUUCACACAGUGAGGUACUAUUUUUUAAUCUUAUUUCAUGAUCUUAUUUUCAUUCGCCAGUGA